AUGGCGUCCAAGUCUUAUUCCUUUGGCUUUGUUGGCCUGGGUAACAUGGGCAUCAAUAUGGCUGUUAAUCUGUCGACCUACGCGGCAGAGCACGGAUUGCCCAAGGUCCAUGUGUGGAAUCGUACUCCCGAGAAAGCCGAGUCCCUGUCGAAGGGCCAUUGUCAGGCUGUCAGCUCACUAAAAGAGCUCGCAUUAUCUUGCGAUAUCGUCCAUGGCUGUUUGGCCAACGACGAAGUGGCGCUGUUGGUCUACAGAGAACUUUUUGCCGCGAACAAGGCCGAGGCCAUCUAUGUCGACCAUUCAACCCUUUUCCCAACGACGUCAAAAGUGCUCUAUGAAGAGGCGCAGAAGCACGGCGUUCACUUCUUGUCGUGUCCAGUGUUCGGGCCUCCGGCGGCUGCGAAGGCGGCUGGCUUGCUGAUUGCGAUAUCUGGCAACGACGACACACGGGAGAUAGUCAAGGAGUACAUUGUGCCCGCAAUGGGGAAAGGAGUCAUUGAUUGUGGCGCCAAGACGUCGGACGGAGCAUUGUUGAAGAUUCUCGGUAACAAUUGCAUACUGGGAACCAUUGAACUCCUUUCCGAGAGCUUCACCCUAGCAGAGAAAACCGGCUUUGACGUCAACUUAUUCUACGACUUCAUUCAGCAAUGGUUCCCAGCGCCGGCUUGGGUGAAUUACGGGAAAAAGAUUCGGGAUGGUAGUUUCAGCGGCCAAACAGGUUUUACUCUGCCCGGAGGCAUGAAGGAUGCAGAUUUUAUCCGCCGAUUGGGAGCAGAGACCUCAACGCCUACACCCAUCAUUGAUCAGGCUUGGAGUCAUUUGACAACAGCGAAAGCGAUUGGCGGCCCUGGUCUAGAUUGGAGCUCUUGCGCUGCGGGCAUGAGGGUGACUGCUGGGCUGAAGCCUUUUAAAGGAGAGGACUUCUCCUUGGAUCAUCAGGCAAAUGAUGAGAUGAAUGGCGCCAAUGGCAAGUAA